GGAAGAGCUACAGGGUGGGCGGCUCUUUGUCGAAGCUAGAGGACCGGCAGGCGGCAGCAGCAACUACGGCAGCGGCGGCAGAACUCAGCAGUGAUGUGGAGGUGGAGACCCACAGGAGCCCGGGACUUCACCUGAGCUACCUCAGCAGUCACCAAGAGUGGCAAGAAAAGGAAGAAGGCCGUGAGUUGGAGGGGACCAGGAUGCCUGACCGGGAUGGCUAUGCCAAUGGUACUGGGAGCAGUAGCGGAGGACCUGGAGGUGGUGGCAGUGAGGAGGCCAGUGGCGCAGGGGCAGGCAGUGGCACGGCCAGCUCAGAUGCCAUCUGUAGAGACUUCCUAAGGAAUGUGUGCAAGCGAGGCAAGCGCUGUCGAUAUCGCCACCCCGACAUGAGUGAAGUGUCUAAUUUAGGGGUGAGCAAAAAUGAAUUCAUCUUCUGCCAUGAUUUUCAGAAUAAGGAAUGUAGCCGCCCAAACUGCCGUUUCAUCCAUGGCUCCAAAGAGGAUGAAGAUGGCUAUAAGAAGACGGGAGAACUUCCCCCUCGGCUGAGGCAGAAAGUGGCAGCUGGCCUGGGCCUUUCACCAGCUGACCUACCAAAUGGCAAGGAAGAGGUCCCUAUCUGCCGGGACUUCCUCAAGGGUGACUGUCAGAGAGGCGCCAAGUGCAAGUUCCGUCACUUGCAGCGGGAUUUUGAGUUUGAUGCUCGGGGUGGAGGAGGCACUGGUGGCGGGGGCUCAACAGGCUCCAUCCCUCCAGGACGUCGUCAUGAUCUCUAUGAUAUCUAUGACCUUCCUGACAGGGGCUUUGAAGACCAUGAGCCAGGCCCCAAGCGUCGUAGAGGUGGAUGCUGCCCUCCGGAUGGCCCUCAUUUUGAAUCCUAUGAGUAUAGCUUGGCUCCGCCGCGAGGAGUAGAGUGCAGACUGCUAGAGGAGGAGAAUGCAAUGCUCAGGAAGCGCGUGGAGGAGCUAAAGAAGCAGGUCAGCAACUUGUUAGCCACCAACGAGGUACUUCUGGAACAGAAUGCCCAGUUCCGCAAUCAAGCCAAGGUCAUAACCCUUAGCUCCACUGCACCAGCAACUGAGCAAACUCUGGCACCCACCGUGGGCACUGUCGCCACUUUUAACCAUGGCAUUGCCCAGACUCACACUACUCUCAGCAGCCAGGCUCUACAGCCCCGUCCUGUAUCCCAGCAAGAACUGGUGGCCCCUGCAGGAGCUCCAGCUGCUCCCCCAACUAACGCUGCACCUCCUGCUGCUCCACCACCCCCACCCCCACACUUGAACCCAGAGAUCACGCCAUUGUCAGCUGCUCUGGCGCAAACAAUUGCCCAGGGAAUGGCACCUCCACCUGUCUCCAUGGCUCCUGUGGCUGUAUCUGUGGCUCCUGUGGCGCCUGUGGCUGUAUCGAUGGCCCAACCCUUGGCAGGAAUCACAAUGAGCCACACCACCACUCCUAUGGUGACUUACCCCAUUGCUUCCCAGAGCAUGCGCAUCACAGCCAUGCCACACUGAUGGGGCUAAUGGACACUCCCCUGGUAUAGCCUCUCAGGGCUGGGGUCGAGGGGCACCUACCCACUCUCGUAGCCCUCCUAGGCCCUGUCUGAAGGGCUCACUCAAGAACUAGGAUGAGAAACUAAAAGGAGUAUGCUUCCUGAGAUGGGGUUGGGCUGGUAUGUUCUCUCACCUCCCUUUUAAGAGGUGUUCAUGUCUUUCCUUCAGGCCUAACUGGGGUCUUGUAUAGGAGUGCAGACUGAAGCCAUCAGAGAGGAGGGGCUGACUGAGGUGACUGUGUCUUAUGGGAAGUUGGGGACAUCCCUGGUCUUGUCCUCUGUUGUGAACAGCAUAAGUUCUAGCCCUGGUUUUGGAAGAAAAAAUUGCCCACCCAAAAGGAGAGCCAGAUAAGAUUUGAGAAUUGGGUGGCUAGGAGAGAAGGCCUUAGAAGAGUCUUCAGACCAUUUGAGGCCUAGUUGGGUUGGAUAAUAUAGGAACUGCUCUGGGGCCCCUGGGAAGGCCGGGACCAUCGUGCUCCAGCCCAAAGACUAGAGGAGCGUUCAUUUGCCUAGCUUGGCCUGGAGAUCUGUAGGGCAGGGCCCACUACUUUCCAAAGAAAUAAAAUAAUUAUUUUUUAACAAAUGGAGGCAGUGAACACUUGCUUAGAUAUUCUGUAUGGAAGGUGGAAGCAUAAAGUAGAUCUCAUGCCACAGUGGAGUAAAACCUCAUACACAUAAGCUUGGGUAAGUUUGAUGACAGGCAGCAAAGAAGGGUAGGACCCAGAAGACCAGUUGGGAAGCUGGGCUUGGGCACUCCUGAAAUCCCAGCACUCAGGAGGUUGAGGCAGGAGACUGCUGUGAGUUUGAAGCCCACCC